AUGGUUCUUCAGUAUGAUGAAAGUGUUCGCAACAUGCUGUAUCUGGGUGAGCGCUCAGGAGGCCACGUCGAGGAGGCCGACCUCGUCGAGAGAGUGAAGAGCUUCACCAAGCGUUAUCCGAAUAGUCGGACAGCUCAUGCUUGCAGAGCUGAGGGGGGAUGCACUCCCGACGCUAUCGCAGAAGCCAUCCGCUCGACAUGUCGGCAGGCGAGACGCGACCUGUUUGAAGACUCUCUGAGCGCAUGGAGCCCAGAGUCGAAAGCAUGGUUCAUGCAACAGAUGAAAGAGGCCAAACAGCAGAAUGUCGAGACUUACAUCGGCACCGAAGACACCGAGGAGACCUCCUUCAUCUCCAUGACUCUCCUGGGCAUCUCCUCGAUGUAUGUGCGACAUGAAGACAAAUUGAAAAUGAAGUUGACGGAGCUGGGACUCAUAGUAGACUCAGUCGAUAGAGACGACAAGUCCAUCAUGUGGAAAGCACCUUACAGACCUGAGAUAGCACGAGCAGACGACAUCUCAGUCACCAUCUCCUUCCUUCGGAAUGAAGAAGCCAUCGCACUCUGGCAAGGCAGCAGAGAGUACAGCAUCGACGGGCGAAUUUUCAGAGCAACUGAAGUCAGCAUUGCACACGACCGGUCGUUCAAGCUCCGAGCCAAGCGAGGACCUUGGGGCAAGGGAGGGAGCCUUGCCGAGCUAUCGCAGCUCCUAGCUCUUGGAGGAAUGUCGACGGCGGACAUAGCUCGGAUCUAUCAAUUCCAACUGAUCUCGCAAUGUCUCGCCGCAGCAGAGGGGCCGAGCCCGAAGACGUAUGUUGCUGUUGGAGCAAGCACCGGAGCUCUGCAGCAGAGAGAGCUCGAGUGGGUACUAUCCUGCCCAUCGACGGCCAGCUGCGAGCAGACGUUGGCCUCGUUCAGAGAGAGCGAGGCGAUGGAGGGGGUGCACCUGACUCUCGUCAGCGACGACGCCAAGCUCAGAGAGACGUUUGCAGUCGAGCUCACAGCAGACACCUUCGUGCCGAGAGGAAAGAUUGCCAAGCAGAGGAUGGUACUUCGCGACAGGGAGCAGGCUCCAAGCGGCAGUUUCAGGGUGCAGAUCAAGUCGAAGUCAAGCAUGAGCACAGGCCGCUUCUCGAGGAAGGAGAUGGAAGCACUGUGCGGAGGAGGUAACACAUCGACCACGCGAGUCAAGCGAGCCAUGUUGGAAUUAGCAAGAAGAAUGAACCUGAAGCUUGCCAGCAUUGAGGUUCAAGAAGAUCGAGACACGCUGAGCUGGGAUGGGAGCCUGAUAACUCUCUCCCUGGCGACCAAGGCAGACGCUCGACGUCUGAUGGAAGACAUGCCCUUCUACUUGGAAGGGGUCCUGGAAGUCAAGCUCGAAGCUGUGGGUUUCAAGUGGAGCUCUCAGGAUGAAGAGGAGAGCGAGGAGCAGGCUCAGGAGCCCCAAGGGCAGCAGCAAGGCGCUGGAUGGCUGGAGCUCAGCGACAUCGACAGGAUUACUCUGGAGGCGGCCUCGCCGUCAGGACCAGUCGACCAGCAGGUCUUGGUCGACCUCUCGACGAUGCUCCUGGAGACGUCAGAGGAGGAUCUACUUGCUGGCAAGCCGAUCCCGCUGGAGCUAGACAAGAGUGUCGGCAAGCUGCAUGACACCUUCUACUCGCCGGGCAACGUCGUGUUUAUGACGCUCGGAGCUUGGGCAGCCACGCCGUCGUUGGGAUCGAAGCGCAACAUGUUGAAAGGAAAAGCUGAGAGCGUACCUGGGCAAGCAGCGCUGGACUCAGGCUCGUAUAGACCCGAGAUAGCGAGUGCUGAGGAGAUCCCGGUGACUGUUUCCUUCCUCCGCAAUGCACAAGCGGAGAAGCUCUGGCAGGGAAGAGAGGACUUCGCGAUCGAUGGUCGCAAGUUCACAGCUGUACAUGUGAGCAUCGUGCACGAUCGAUCUUUCAAGAUUCGAGCCAAGAGAGGACCCUGGGGCAAAGGGGGCAGCUUGGCAGAGCUGACUCACCUGCUAACCUUGGGCGGCAUGACAACGGCUGAGAUAGCUGCCGUCUAUCGCUAUCAGCUGCUGCGCCAGUCCCUUGCAGCGGUCCAACUCCAGCCGCUGGCAGGCAUGCUGGUCGCUGGGGCGCCAGGACAGCAAGUCCACAAAGGCUUAGGUCAGAAAGGCUUCAUCGCUGUAGGGGCCAACGUCAUCUGGAGACAGAGGGAGGUGGAGUGGAUCGUCUCCUCGAGCUGCCCAGAGGCGAAUGAUACAGCAUUUCGAGCUUUCCGAGAGAGCGAAGCGAUGGAGGGAGUACACCUGACUCUGUUCAGCGAGGACCCGAAGAUCAGAGAGGCGCUCGCAGUCGAGUUGACAGCUGAUCGCUUUGUGUCCAGAAAUAAGUUGAAGAAGGCAUCAAGGAUGCAGAAGAAGGCAGGCGGCAAGGACGGCAAGGAGAUCAAGAUCAUCAUCAAGUCGACGGCGGCAUCUGGUCGCUUCACGAGGAAGGAGAUGGAGGGGCUGUGCAACGGCGGCAACACGUCUAUCGCAAGAGUCAAGAGAGUCUUGUUGGAGAUCGCUAACAGGCUCGAGAUCAACGUUGAAGGCAUCGACAUGGAGGAGGAUUUGAACACCAAGUCCUGGAACGGGUCCAAGCUAUGCAUCCUCCUCGGCUCCACGGAGGAUGCUCGACGCAUGAUGAAGGAGCUGCCCUUCUAUCUCGAAGGCGCAGCAACCAAGCUCGAAGCAGUCGGCUUCGACAAGGAGCCUGACUCUGAGGCGGCUGGUCAGCGGGGCACCAGCGACGCAGCGCAGCGACAGGAGGAGAGCGAGGGAGAGUGGCUGGAGUUUACAGACCUGGAGAGGAUCACAAUGGAGGCAGCAUCUCCGUCAAGCCAAGAGGACAUGCAGCUCGUCAGCGAGCUGUCAGCAGUCAUCGAAGAUGCAGCUUCUUUGAACGAGGCAGGGACGAGCGA